GUACGGGCACGGGUACGGCUCGGGAAAGCAACAGGAGAGUUAGCUAAGCAGCGGGGUACACCUUCACCGGCGGCGAGAAGAUGGCCGGCGGUGGGGCGAAGGUGGCGUCGCACGGCGCGUUCCAGGGGGAGAGCCCCCUGGACUACGCGCUGCCGCUCAUCAUCCUGCAGAUCUGCCUUGUCAUCGUCGUCACCAGGGGCCUCGCCUACCUCCUCCGCCCGCUCCGCCAGCCCCGGGUCAUCGCCGAGAUCAUCGGCGGGAUCCUGCUGGGCCCGUCGGCGCUCGGCCGGAGCACCACGUUCCUGGACGCCGUCUUCCCGGCGCGCAGCAUGGUGGUGCUGGACACGCUGGCCAACCUGGGGCUCCUCUUCUUCCUCUUCCUCGUCGGCCUCGAGCUCGACCUCAACGCCAUCCGCCGCACCGGCAAGAAGGCGCUCGCCAUCUCCCUCUCCGGCAUCGCCGUCCCCUUCGCCAUCGGCAUCGGCACCUCCUUCGCCUUCCGUGCCACCCUCCCCGGCCUGCAGGACUCCCCCAAGGCGCCGUUCCUGGUCUUCAUGGGCGUCGCGCUCUCCAUCACCGCCUUCCCGGUGCUCGCGCGCAUCCUCACCGAGCUCAAGCUCCUCACCACCGACCUCGGCCGCAUGGCCAUGUCGGCCGCCGCGGUCGACGACGUCACGGCCUGGAUCCUGCUCGCGCUCGCCAUCGCGCUUUCGGGGACCGGGUCGCCCAUCAUCUCGCUAUGGGUGCUCCUCACCGCCGUCGGCUUCGUCGCCGCCGUGUUCGUGCUCCUCCGCCCGCUGCUCGCGUGGAUGGCGCGGCGGUCCCCCGAAGGCGAGCCCGUCAAGGAGGUGUACAUCGUCGCCACGCUCGCCCUCGUCCUCGCCGCCGGCUUCGUCACCGACGUCAUCGGCAUCCACGCUCUGUUCGGCGCGUUCAUGGUCGGCAUCGUGGUCCCCAAGGACGGGCAGUUCGCCGGCGUGCUCAUCGAGAAGGUGGAGGAGCUCAUCUCCGGCCUCUUCCUCCCGCUUUACUUCGUCUCCAGUGGGCUCAAGACCAACGUGGCCACCAUACGGGGAGCCAAGUCGUGGGGCCUCCUCGUGCUCGUCAUCCUCAACGCCUGCGUCGGCAAGAUCGGCGGCGCCGUCGGCACGUGCCUCCUCGUCAAGAUCCCAUUCCGGGAGGCCAUCACAAUCGGCUUCCUCAUGAACACCAAGGGGCUCGUCGAGCUCGUCGUGCUCAACAUCGGAAGGGACCGCAAGGUGCUCAACGACGAGGCCUUCGCCAUCAUGGUGCUCAUGGCCUUGUUUACAACUUUCAUCACCACGCCGAUCGUCAUGGCCGUCUACAAGCCGGCGCGCCCGUCAGCGUCGGUCCCGUACAAGCGGCGCACCGUCGGCGGGGGCGACGAGGACGGCGACCUGCGCGUGCUCGCCUGCUUCCACGGCUACCGCAACAUCCCGACGCUACUCAACCUCGUCGAGCUCUCGCGGGGCACCCGCCGCCGCCUCGUCGUGUACGCCAUGCACCUCGUCGAGCUCUCCGAGCGUUCGUCGGCCAUUUCCAUGGUGCACCGCACGCGCCGCAACGCCUUGCCCUUCUUCAGCAACGCGUCGUCAUCGGAGACAACGACCGAGGUCGCGUUCGAGGCGUUCCAGCAGUUGAGCACCGUGAGGGUGCGGCCUAUGACGGCCAUCUCGGUCAUGGACACAAUCCACCGGGACAUCAUCGACAGCGCCGCCUCCAAGCGCGCCGCCGUGGUCAUCGUGCCCUACCACAAGACGCUCCAGGCCGACGGCUCCUUCCACUCGCUCGGCUCCGCCUACCACGCCGUCAACAAGCGCGUGCUCCGGGAGGCGCCGUGCUCCGUCGCCAUCCUCGUCGACCGCGGCCUCGGCGGCCACUCCCAGGUCGCCGCCCAGAACGUGGCCUUCACGGUCGCCGUGCUCUUCUUCGGCGGGCCGGACGACCGGGAGGCGCUGGCCUACGCGACGCGCAUGGCGGAGCACCCCGGCGUCGCCGUCACCAUGUCACGCUUCCAGCCCAACCGCGCUUUUCCCGAGGACGGCGAGGACGCCGACGACGAAGCGGCGGUGGAGGCGUUCAAGGCCAGGGUCGUCGCCGCGGUGGACGACGGGUCCGUGCGGUUCGAGGAGCGGGAGGCGCGCACCAAGGAGGAGGUGGUAGAGGCCAUCGGCUCGCUGUCCAAGUGCAACGUGUUCGUGGUGGGGCGGAUACCGCCGACGGCCCCGCUGGUGGAGAACGCCGACGAGCUGGGCCCAGUGGGGAGCUACCUCGCGUCGCCGGAGUUCAAGACGUCGGCGUCGGUGCUGGUCAUCAAGAGGUACGACCCGGCGACCAACCCCAAGAGCAUGAGGUUCGACCCCAAGGCGAGGCCGCCGGUCGCGACCGAUAUAGAUGACGAGGAGAUGGGCGGCGCCGGCGCCACGGUGGUGCCCGUGCCAUGGUCACCGUCGCCGAGCGAACUGGCGUGAGAGCCGAUGGAUCGAUCGCCGUCCGGAGCCAGUACGUGGCUGAGACCGAAGACACCUACACCAACAUGUACAGAGAAGUGCCGCCGUUUCUUUCUGAAUAAAGCUGCAGGUAUGAGCUAGUAUAUCACCUAGUAGUACGUUGCACAAAGUAUACGUACAAUACAUAGUAUUACUGCUAGUUUAGUGCUUCAAGUAUUGCGAAUGUAUAUGUUUUCCAUGUUUAGUUCCUCACAAUUGUGCAAAUGGAGAAAUGUGUUACCAAUUUAAUUGCCAUACUUGAACAACUUUGCAAUUUUGUAUUUUUUUUCGUUGUUGUUUUUUUGCAUUUAAAUAUUCUUCUCUUAUGCUCCCUCUGUUCCAAAAUACAAAGUUCAAAAAAAUUGAACUAAAACCACGAAAUGUAUUUUGAAACGCAGGGAGUACAUGAUUAUUACUCUUCUUUCUAAAAGAUUAGAGGGUUAUUAGCUUUUCUUAGAAAGAUUGUAGAAAUUUUCGCAAAUUGUGGAGAAUUAAGAAAAGGCAUAUAAAGACAUCCAAUUUUUCGUGCAAAAUAUAAUAAUAUACUAGUGUACAUUCUCAUAUAAGAACCUUUGGGCAGCUAUCGGUUGGGGAAUCGUCAUGUAUGAUGCAAUCAUGCGUACAAUCUUGCACUUCUACACGUAGAUAACUAGCUUUUCUAUGUACCAAAUCACUACGAAGAUUGGUUGUGAGAAGAUAAUGUGUGGAGUCCCUCUCCCUGCCCAAUAUAUCAGUGCACUUAUUGCUCCCGCUUGCUGAUUAGAAUAGCCAAUUCUCCAUCAAUUAUUUCGUUGUCUUCUGGUUUCAACUUACAAGUUCAAAGUCAAACCUAGUAGGAGACAAGUAAACAAACAAACAGACAACUGAUGGAUGUAUAUAUGUACGAUUUUUCUCAUGAGCUUAGUACAAUUUUGUGGUUGAAUGUUUUGUUUUCUAUUUUUCUUUUUUUGAGAAAAAAUGUUUGUUUUCUUAUUACACCAUAUACGUAGCGUCUACUAAAGACUUGGAACACCAGGUCUGUUCCCUAGUGGGCUACAAGUAGCACCGUCCCUCUAGCCAUCCAACCAAAUUUAAACAUUUCAACAAAGAUCAAUCUCCAAAAGUUCUAACAACUAGCAUUUCAAAAAGGAUCAUUUUCUAUGCAGGACAGAUUUUGAUCAGAUGUUUUCACGAAUUUGCGCAAGUUCGCAUGUUUAAAUGUAAUGCACAUGCACAUAGGUUUUCAAAACCUUUUAAAUUUUACGCAUGCAAACCUAAUAUCUAAACUCAAGCACCCACCCUUGCAUCAUGUGCACAUAAAUUUGCAAGCACAGUGAACAAUGUCUUUAUCGUCAUUAUAUUUGUUUUGUAUUUUGUUAUACUUCUUUUUUGCAUAUUUCUUAUGCACACAUUUUGUUAAAAAAAACGCAUGCCCUUGAUUGCCACGGCUUUGUGAGCAAUUGUGUUUCCUUUUGCCAUUGGUAUUACCGUAAACAAUAGCUAACAUAAUGCUUUCUGGUUCGGCUAAAACACGGCUAGUUGUGAUUUCACGUCCAAGCAACAGUGUGCUGAUCUUUGGUUUUUUUGUAUUUCGAGGGCUGAAUUUUUUAAUAUUUUUUGAAAAGGUUUCAGGACUGAAUGAAUAGAGUUUUUGUGGUCUAUCUUCUGAGGAUUGAAUGAAUAGAGUUUUGCGGUCUAUCUUGUGAGGGUUGAAUGACUAGAGUUUUUGCGGUCUAUCUUGUGAGGGUGGAAAACCAACGGUUUGGCCCGUUUAAAAUCCAAAGAACCGUAUUCCGCACCAGCCUGUUCUGCACACACACAUAAAAUCCCAAGAACCGCUGACUAGGGUAUACGACUUUAUCUUAUCCAGCAAACAGGAAUCAAAUAAGUGAGCAGGUAGUCAGACAUCAAUUCUUUUGUGUCCGUGAUUCUUGUGCUAUUACAUCAGUCGGCAAUGGAUGAACCAAAGACUUCUUCAUGCAUGUAUAUCCUCAUCUCUCUCUUUUUUUGUACACCCUUGAUUCCUCGGAGUCCAACUGUGGCACUGCUAUUACAUCAGUCGGCCACGGAACGGAUGAAGGGACGAACGACUUUUCCAGGCAUGCAUAUCAUGUUUUCCCUCCAACCACAGUGCAACAGCUGAAUCCCGUGGUACUAAUAUAUCAUCAGUGAUGUCAACAAAUUUUAGCGAAGGGAAGAAUGUCAACUCUCUGCCGUGAUGGAUGCAUUAUUGGCCUAAAAUAAUCUCGACCGGGCUGAGAUCCUGUUCAUGCUGUUCUUUUUUCUCCGUCUGUUCUGUUCUGUUCACCUGUUGGCACAAUGUGUGUGCAUGGCAGCAUGGGUGACUACGGUUAUUUUUUUUCUUUUUUGAAAUGAUGGGUGGGUAGAGUUGAGUUGCCGGGGGUCCUCCCACAAAAGAAAAAAAAAGAGUUGCCGGGGUCGAAAACGCAGAGGAGCUAUAGGUAGUGUAGCGCACCCGAUUGCGAGAGGCAGCAGGAAAGGGAGAGGAAGGAGGCGGAGCAAUCCGUACGCCGCCGCGAGAGGCAGCGGGAAAGGGAGAGGAAGGAUGCGGAGCAGCCCGUGCGCCGCCGCUGCGGGGUGCAGGCAGAGCCCGUGCGCCGCCUCGAUUGGGUCUACCGUCGGUCGCUUACGACCGCG